ACCUGGGUAGACGAUAAAUCAUUUCAUUAGUGUCCCGUUUAAUAUUCUUUGUCAUUAAAUUCAGUGAUAAUGUCAGUGCUUCGUUUUGCAAUCAUAGCAAAUUAACUUUGCGAUUGUAAUGAAAAGAUUUCCAUUCAGAUUUUGUUUUGAAACCCUGCAUUAUGGAGCGUUAUCACUAUCAUUGUAGAAAUAUUCUCUUGCUUUGUUUUCGAGUAUUGUACACAAUAGUGUAUCCACUCAGAAAUUACGUUCCUAAUCCUUUCACAGUAUAUACAUUAGCCUUUGCAGCAGUGUUGGGCGUACAAUUUUAUAUUAUACUUAAUUGGGACAAAAUUAGAGGGUCCCUUUCAUACGAAGAUACACUUCGAUUACUUAUUUAAUUUCUCGUAUUGCGAAUAGUAACUUUUUUUGGAAGUUUUGUGUCAUGUCCGUCCCCUUAAAACUAAAUGUUACACCCCGUCAACCUUUCUCCGUCUUGUCUGAAGCAGUAAGCCGACUCAACAGAUUCGGAAUGGGCCCCCCAGAAGCGCUAGUAUUGGCGGCAAGCAUCGUCGGAACGAUGGCAUAUAUCCCCCAUGGUUCUAUUGGGGAGGAGCCCAUGCUAACAGGGGCUUUGCUACGUGAAGUGGUGGAGCGCAUGAGUCGGGAGUUUAAUGGUCCUUCUUCUUACCUGGACUUUCCAACUGGCGACCGCAUGGCUCUGAUGGCACGUGCCAACAAGGACCUAGAGAACGAACAACUGGACUAUGACUCCUUGCUCGAUGGGAAUCCCAACCCGAGUCUGAGAGAUCAGGAAUAUUUGCAGCACAGCUCACUGUGGGGUCAUCAGUACGUAACCGGAGGUGCUGGAGAAGGGCAGCAGCGUCUACUGCCUUCUGGUAUGGUCCCUAAUAAGCAGAUGGUCAAGACGGACGCAGUACUACCGGCCUACUGUAAUCCUCCAAAUCCUUGCCCUGUUGGCUAUACUGAAGAUCAAGGCUGCAUCAGCGAAUUCGAGAACACAGCCGCAUUCAGCCGCGAAUACCAGCUGGCUCAGCGUUGCAUGUGUGAUGGAGAACACAUGUUUAGCUGCCCCCCUGACUCCGGCUCUGAUCUCGACCUGCACUUUCCUGAGCACCAUAAGAACCUGGUGGCUAAAAAGUACAAGCCUGAUGUUGAAAACCCCUACUUAAUGGGUGAGCGAUUACCAAUUGCCGCCAAAAAGGGAUUUGAAGUAAUCUCCUACUAGAAGGAUCUUAUUGUAAGAACAACUUCACUAUGUAUAACACUAUCAAUGUAAAAUUACUUAGAAUAGAUACAGUACCAAAUUCUGUUAUAACCUCCUUAAGGUCUUAGUAAUCAACAAAAGGGAAUGUAUCCAGUCAAGUUGAGCUUCCGACUUCUACAUUUUUUGAUUCAGUACUUACGGUAUGUAACUUGAUUAUCAUUGUUAUAAAUUGGUCGUUUUUUCUUGUCUAAGACUAUUAGUUCAACAAAGUGGUCAACAUCAAUGGGAUAGGGGUGGGAAUUUUCAUCAAGCUACAACGGUGACCACAACUAAGAUCAUAAGAAAAAACUGCCAAUUCGUAGGAAAAGAAUUAGAAGUAAGGGUCCAGACACAUCAUAGAGACGCAACGCUGCAAUCUCGAACCCGUGGAUGUUAGAUAUCCGCGUACAGUCAAGUUAUGCCCUAACACCUGCACCGUAGACCACCUUUACGCUCCUGAAACUGCAAUAGGUGUGGCUGAAUACUUGACUGAAAAAAAAAUCGUUACCCAUUGCAAUGUCGCGUCUCCCUGAUAUGUCUGCAGCCUAAGAGCUGAAAUGUAAGAAUUUAUGAAAAUGGUAUCGAACGGUUGGUUUUUGACAAUGUUAUAAGCUUUACUUGAGCAAAGAUGUCUAGAUAUGCAAAUGUACUUAUUAGAUAAUUCAAUAAUUUUCUGAAAAAAUAUAAUGUUACUGAUCACUUGUAAUACUGUCACCAGUCAGGAUCUUUCAAUCGUCAAAUUACCUCGGCAGUAAAAUGCUUUAAGCAACGCCGUAGGUAUAGUUGUUUUUGUACCUUUAUCAUUAUCAUGAAUAGUCCUAAAGGUAGACCCUACAGCUUUCAUACCUAGAUAGAUAAAGACAGAAAGUACAAUAGCAGCUAUGACUCCGCGUUCUCAUGAAACUACACAAUAAUUAUACAAACUCCUUAAUAUUGCAAAUCUAACGUUAAGUAAUGGAACGUCCAAUUUUCAAUAAAGAUAUUCGACUGUUUGUUUAUAUCAUAGGUUAUUCAUACCGUGCAACAUGACUAACACCGAACAAUGGUCAAUGUUUACUACAUUCGACUUGGUAUAGAGCUCAUGCAGUGCUGUUACUUGGGAUACAGAGACUGUCGUGUCACAGUCGCAUGGUUGUUGCAAGGUGUGGAUAGAACACAAUGAUUUAUUUAAAAAACAAUCAAAUUUCUUAUUUGAAAAUUGAACUUUACUUACGCGCUCUAUAAACUUAAAAUAUAGUUUACAAGAAUAGAGUAUAUUCUAAGUAUAUAAGUCAGACGAUACUUAGAUUUGCAAUAUUGUCGUAUUCUUCACUAUUGUAUCAUGUACUCCUCGCCGUACCCGGCGAUAAGCACUCUUACAUUUACUGUGUAGUUGAUUUUACGUCUGAAAAUGUACUUAAACUAGCAGUAAUUUCAAAGGAAAAUUCAGUGUUCUCACGUAUAUCCUAAAUAUCACUUAAUAACAUCAAUAUUGACGACAUCGUCCCUUAACACCAGAUGAGAACAUACUAUUGUUGUGAUCCAAGGCAAACAUUUUAAUUCAUUAAUCAAUCUUUCAUUAUUUUCUUGUUGUGCAUGUAUGAAACGUAGAAAUUUAUGAAUCCAUUAGACAAGUCAAUUAAGCCUCUUCAAUUAGGACAGUGGUUCUGUUGCAAGAUCGAUUACUAAAUUUCAAAUUUGUUUCCACGCGUUUAUUCAUACUUAUGUUUAUUUAAAUAUAUUCAAAUUGACACUUUUUUAAACAAAAUCGGUAUCUAUCAUAAUAUUACAUAUAAAGAUUGACAUUUUAAUGAAUCACACUAAAAAAUUCGGUAUAAGAUGAACUUAGAUGUCAUCAAACAGCUUUAAUAUUUUUUAUUUUGACAAAUUUACUUUAGUAUCCAUACGAGUCUAGUUGGCACCCGGCGGUAUUGCGUGGAUAAAAAAUCAUUGUUCUUCGAAAUUUAAAAACAUAUAUUGCUUUGAUCGCAUCAACUAUAUUUUUCUGCUUCUCUAGUUUUCUCUCAAGACACAAAGGGAUCGUAUACCACGCUCUUAUAUUACAAAUCAUUAACAUUGAUGCAACUCAUUUUCAUUAUGAAUUUCGCACCUGGUGACAUUUUAAUGAAUUGUGGGAAAAAAAUUCGGUGUCAGAUAAACGUAGUAGGUCUCAUCGGAACUUCAUUUUUUUUAAAGUUCGAAAACGAAUUUUUUAUUUAUCAUGCAAUACUCGUUUGGCACACGGUGGUACUGUGUAGAUAAAUAAAACGUUGUUUUUCGAAUUUUAAAAUAAAUAUUGCUUCGGUGGCACCUGCCAUAUUUUUCUGCUACCCAAGUUUUUUCUUGAGACUCAUAAAGGGGUCAUCUAUGUGUCUUACGCUAUAACAUAAGAAAUCAUUAUCAUAGAUGCAUCUUAUUUUAAUUAUAAAUUUCACACCAGGUAUCAUUUUAAUGGAUCGUACGAAAAAAGUUCGGUGUCAGAUAAACGUAGUAGGUCUCAUAGGAGUUUUAUUUUUUUAAAGUUCGAAAACGAAUUUUUUAUUUAUCAUGCAAUAUUCGUUUGGCACACGGUGGUAUUGUGUGGAUAAGUAAGACAUUACUUUUCGAAAUUUAAAAAAAUACUGCUUCGGUGGCACCUACCAUAUUUUUCCGCUACUCAAUUUUUUUCAUAGGACGCAUAAAGAGGUUAUCUUUAUAUACAUAUGUAUAAUUUAGAAACGACAUGUCAUAACAAAACAACAACGUUGAAACAUCUUAUUGUCAUUGUUUAUUUACAUACUGGCUAUCCUACAAAACAGUCUAACAGAUAAAAAUAGUAAAUGCUACCAAAGUUUUAAAUUUUUUAAAU